AUGGUUUUCAAACCCACCACAGGAGUACCUCCCCCCCUCACCCCUAGUUGCCUUCGAAACAGUCUAGUCAUUUCUGACAAUGCCCCACGAGUCUCGAGGACCCCUGAACCAUGUGGUGCGAGGAUUUGCGAUAUGAGUUCUCGGGCUGACUACGUGUCCCCCGAGUUCUGCGAGGAUAUGCAUUCUCAGGCUAACCACGUGUUUCUCGAGUUCUGCGAGGACAUGCAUUCUCGGGCUGCCUACGUGUCCCUCGACUUCUGCUAG